AAACAAAUUCUCUUUUUAAUAUUUUAAAUUUAUUCUACAACAUAAAUUUAUUUUAUUAUCAAACCAGUCUAACCAGCCCACCUUAGUUUCCGAGAAAUUCCCAAACAAAAAACCAAAACUACUUUUUGGGAAUGGACAAACAACAACGAGAGAACAGCAACAGGCAUCCAAUAACUUAUCAUAUAGGCCGAAGACUUGAGAGUCUUCGUCAAGCUCAAGCAGAGACCAUUACCGGAUUCGGAGCUCAGGAAGAUGGUUGGCGCGAGGCUGGAAGAUGCUACUGGUUUCAAAGAAGAGCUCGUCAGAAACGCCUUGGCUUCCGCCAUUAAAGCUCACAGGCAACCAGACAAGCCAUUUCUUGUCGAGAAAACUCGCGACUUCUCUGUCAUCAGUUUCGCCGGAUCUUGGUCGGCGGAUGGCUGGUUUUCCGGUUCCAGUACGUCUUUCGGUGAAACGGAGAUCAGCAGGCGGCUCUUUCCGUCCAUCAGGAGCAUCGGCGUCGGCGAUUUUGCCAUCGUCAAUUCUGCGUUCUUUCAGAGAUUUGAAGGCAUCCUGGGGAAGCUGAAGGAGGUAGUGAAAGUGAAUAAGGCGGUAGUGUUUUCGGGCCACUCAGCCGGAGGUCCGAUAGCCAUUCUUGCAACCAUCUGGCUGUUAGAACAGCAAAGAAACUCAAACUCAAACCCCAACUUCACUCCUCCAAAAUGUAUCACAUUUGGGUCUCCCCUUGUUGGUAACUUCAUUUUCUCCCAUGCUCUCAAAAGGGAGAAAUGGUCCACCCAUUUUGUACACUUCAUCACGAGGUACGACAUCGUCCCACGCAUCCAUCUUGCUCCUCUACCUUCGCUGCAAUCACAACUGCAGACCAUCCUUGACUCCUUGAGCUCGAGAUCGCCCGGGCCCGCCUUGAUCGGGAAUGUGGCUACCACCUUCUUCAUGACGGUGAUGAGGAACGCAUCGGCUGUGGCAAGCAACGUGGCUUGCCAUCUCAUGGGAAGCACAAACCUUCUACUGGACACAUUGAAAAACUUCGUCAAAUUGAGCCCUUACCGGCCUUUUGGAACCUACGUUUUCUUUACUGAGGGUGGGAAAGCAGUUGUGGUGACCAACCCAGAUGCUGUUUUACAAAUACUGUUCUACUCUUGUCAGUUGAGCUCCGUGGGGGAAUGUGGUCGGAUCUCUCAUCAGAGUUUAAUGGACCAUUGGGGCUAUGAAUCUAAAAUACAACGAAACUGGGAGCUCCUACACUCUAUUCGUCUGGAUGAAUUGGUUAAGCUUCCGUUAUCUUUGGCUGGCAGGAACACGCCAUUAACGGAAGCCUUGAAUGAACUUGGCCUAAGUACGAGAGCAUUAAUGAACCUUCGAGCUGCUGGUGCGUGUGAAGAGCAGAAGAUGAAAAAUCAAGAAAGGAUGGAAGAGAAGAAACAAUAUACCGAGGAGCGAUUGUCUCGGCUAGAAGAAGAAUACAGAGCUGUAUGUAAGGUUGAUGGUUUGGGAUAUUAUGAUGCCUUUAAACUCCAAAAGGAUGCAAGAGACUUCCACGCUAAUAUCUGGAGGCUUGAGCUAGCUGGUGUGUGGGAUGAGAUCAUAGAAAUGCUCAAAAGAUAUGAGCUCCCAGAUGAACUCGAGGGCAAAGACGAAUGGAUACAACUUGCAACCCGCUUUCGCCGUCUUGUUGAGCCUCUAGAUAUUGCUAAUUACUAUAGACACUCGAAGAAUGAUGACACUGGACCUUAUCUGAUAAAAGGAAGGCCGAAACGUUACAGAUUUACACAAAGAUGGCUUGAACACAAGCAAAAGAUGAUAGAAUCCAGUGAAGAAUCAAGUCUUUGGGCAGAGGUUGAGGAGCUUCGUAUCCAAACUAAAACCAGAACAUUUGCUGAAAAUGAGAAGGAAAUUACAGAGUUGGAGAAGAAAAUAAAGCGAUGGAUCAACGAGAUCAAAGAUGAUAUGUUGUUGAAGAAAUCUACCUUUAUGGAGUGGUGGAAGACACUUCCUGAGCACCAUAGAUCACAGUCUUGUAUUAAGGACGAUGUCGAGAGGAUGGAGAACGGAGUGGACGCUAUUGACACAGUGUAGUCUAACAUUAUAAGGUGUUGUACACGUAAAAGACUGUGAUGUUCCAACAGGUUCCCUUCUGUUUGAAUGAAUUAAGAACUGGAAACUUGGUUCGAACGUGUCCUAAUGAGGACAUGUUUUCUUUAAAUAAAAAUGUUCUGGAACUUUUCUUUCA